AUGACACUGGAUAACAACUCUGAGAAGGCUAAAUGUGAUGCAAAAACCACAGAACUAUUUUUAAAUAUAUGUGUGGAAGAAAUUUUAGCAGGAAAUCGUCCUGGAACUCACUUCAGUAGAUUAGGAUGGUCUAAUCCGGUGCAAAAGUUUAAUGAUAAAACCGGAAGAAACUGUGAUAAAGUUAAGUUGAAAAACAAAUGGGACAACCUCAAAGAUUGGUGGGAUAGGAAAAUAAAGGAGAAUCCAAAUGUAGAGAAAUUUAGAGAGAAAGGUUUACAACAUCGACAACUGAUGGAGUAUUGUUUUAAGGAUGUUACAACCGGUGAACAUGCGUGGGCACCGUCAUCCGGAGUGUUACCAGAUGGUAUACAAGGAAACAAUUGGUUUCAACCAGAACAACCAUUUGAAUUUGGAACUCCUAUAGACAAUGAAGAGUUUGUGAAUAUUGGUGGCAUAGAAAAGAAUGCGGAAAAGAGAUUCAAACAAACUAAUCCAGAAGAAUCGAAUGUGAUUGAAAAAGUGCGUGAUAGUGAGAGUGGUAAGAGAAGAAAAAGAAAAGCAUCAACUGCUAUAACUGAAAAAGAGAAAAAUAAAUUCAAUACCAGUCUAAGAAUACCAUCAUCAAUGGAGAAAAUUGCUAAAGCCAUACAAUCAUGCUCUUCAAUGAAUAUGGGGUCAAAAGACUCUUCACUUAGUAUCAAGUGUGUAAUGGAUGUUGUUCGUAAUUUACCCGGUAUGAUUGUUGGUAGCGAUUUAUGGUGUGAGGGAAAUGUUUUUAGUACAAGAAGAUCCAUAGUUACAAUUGCAGUGGUUGGAAAAUAUGUUUGA